CCACAGUAGAGACACCACCACCACCAGCCACAGUAGAGACACCAGCAGCAGCAGCCACAGAAGAGACACCACCGCCAACAGCCACAGUAGAGACACCAGCAGCAGCAGCCACAGUAGAGACACCACCACCAGCAGCCACAGUAGAGACACCACCACCAGCAGCAGCAGCCACAGUAGAGACACCAGCAGCAGCAGCCACAGUAGAGACACCACCCCCAGCAGCAGCAGCCACAGUAGAGACACAACCAGCAGCAGCCACACUAGAGACACCAGCAGCAGCAGCAGCAGCAGCAGCAGCAGCCACACUAGAGACACCAGCAGCAGUAGCCACAGUAGACACACCACCAGCAGCAGCAACAGCCACACUAGAGACACCAGCAGCAGCAGCCACACUAGAGACACCGACAGCAGCAGCAGCACCAGCACCAGCAGCACCAGCACCAGCCACACUAGAGACACCAGCAGCAGCAGCAGCAGCAGCAGCAGCAGCAGCAGCAGCAGUGUUGAUCUCCUUCUCUCAGAUUGUCAUUGCAAUGAAAACUUGGACCGUUAUAAGUAUAUGCUUGGUGUCCUUGGUGGUGGGAGCCUACACUCAGGACAACACCUGGGGAGGCCUCUACCCUCGUGAAUCUGUGAGUCGAGAAGUUCGUUCCCUUGAUGGAUUGUGGAACUUCCGCCUCUCCCCGCUGCAGGACCCGGAUAAAGGUUUUAGAGAGGAGUGGUAUUCCCAACCCCUUAGCAAGACAGGUUCAGUGAUACCCAUGGCCGUCCCCAGCAGCUACAACGAUGUGACUCAGGACAAGGCACUUCGCGACCAUAUUGGCUGGGCAUGGUAUGAUCGUACAUUCUUUGUUCCUACAAGAUGGCAGAUGGACAAGCUAAGAGUAGUGUUGCGUCUUGGGUCUGCUCACUAUAAUUCAAUUGUUUACCUCAAUGGUCUCUCUCUUACCUCACAUGAGGGAGGUCACCUUCCAAUUAUGGCAGAGAUAACCUCAGGUUUGGUGUAUGGGAUAGAGAAUCUUAUUACAGUGGCUAUCAACAACACACUCACACCUGAAACCAUACCUCAGGGUAGUAUUACUUACUAUGAUGACCCUACAAGAUAUCCACCAGGCUACUUCACACAGUCGAACAACUUUGACUUCACAAACUAUGCUGGUCUGCACCGUACUGUCUCCAUUUACACAACGCCUGUGACGUACAUUGAUGACAUCUUGGUGACCACCGACAUUAAUGGAUCUGAUGGCAUCAUUAACUACCAUAUUACAACUGCCACAAGCCAGAUGGGACUCAAGAAGAAGCAGUCUGAUAGUGUUGCUUGUUCCAUUAACCUACUCGAUAACGCAGGUGACCACGUUACAAGUGCCACAGGUUGUCAAGGUUCUAUUAUGGUUUUGAAUGCUAAUCUUUGGUGGCCCUACCUUAUGUCUGACAACCCAGGAUAUCUGUACACUCUAGAGGUGGCAGUAUCAGAUGACGCUGGAAAUAUUGAUCAGUACCCCCAAAAAAUAGGCAUUCGUACUGUUAGCUGGAACUCAACGUCUGUUAUGAUCAACAACGAACCUGUGUACCUCCGAGGCUGUGGCAAACAUGAAGAUUCUGAUAUCCGAGGAAAGGGGUUAGACUACCCUCUCAUAGUAAAGGACUUUAGUUUAUUGAAGUGGCUGGGAGCCAACAGCUUCCGUACUUCUCACUACCCGUAUGCUGAGGAGAUCAUGGAUAUGGCUGAUCAGGAAGGAAUUAUGAUUAUUGAUGAAUGUCCAGCUGUUGGUCUCAGUGGUUUUGAUGAGCCACUGAUGAAUAAACACAUAUCUGUGAUGCAAGAGCUAGUGCGUCGAGACAAGAACCGACCCAGUGUCAUCAUGUGGAGUGUUGCUAAUGAGCCGCAGGCAGACCAGGAAGCUGCCAAGAACUAUUUCAGUAAUGUGGUUAAUUCUACCAAGAAGUUUGACCAGACACGUCCAGUAACCUGUGCUGUGUAUGCUGACAAGAGCACUGAACAUGCUGUAAGCAGUCUUGAUGUGAUCCUGGUGAACCGCUACUACUCAUGGUACAGCGACACUGGCCACUUGGAAGUCAUCAAGCCACAGACCAUCACAGAGUUUACAGAGUGGCAUGAACUCCAUAAUAAACCAGUCAUGAUCUCGGAGUAUGGAGCCGAUUCCAUUCCAGGUUUUCAUAUGGAUCCAGAAUUCACAUGGACUGAAGAGUAUCAGGCUAAGCUGAUGAUCCAGAACUUUGAAGCUUUCGAUGAGCUUCGCAGCCGAGGCUUCUUCUUUGGGGAGAUGAUCUGGAAUUUUGCAGACUUUGCUACUCCACAGGGUAAGUGAGACAGCUGUAUCUGCUGUAUC